AUGGUCAACGUAGUCGGAGUAGUUUUUCUCUGUGGGCUUGUCCUCAUCAAUGCGGCACUUCCAAAGGAUGAAGAUGUCCUUCCGGAGUUACAGCGAGUCCAGCAACUUAGCGCCUUGGGAUUUCAGUUUGCUAAACACUUUCAGGAUUCUGAACUAGAAAAUGUAUUCGUAUUGGAUUCCCGGUUGCCAACUCAGGAUGAUCUGCUGUGCCUUAACGAUAUGACGGCCUUAAUGACGGGACUUCGAACUGGUCAAUACUGGGCACUGAAAAUGAUCGAUGCCUGGGGUUCAAUUCCUUCGGGUCUACUUACCGGCAACUCUUACGAUCUGGGAAAUUUCGACGAGUGUCUUAAUAUCAAAAAGGAAGUCAACCAGGGCAGAACUCUUCAAGGGAAGUACUGUUUUCUCUCAGUGUCUCCUGCUAAGAUAAUGGGAGUGGAGAGUUUGGCCAUCGGUAACUUCAAUACAGCUACUUGCUUUCCGGCCUCCUGUUCGCCAACACUCAUGGAAACGUUUUUGGGUCAAAUGAUGAAGCAGUUACUCAACGUCAGUAUUCCCAGCUCAGCAAUGAGUAUCAGCGCAGGCAAUUGCCAGACCAGUGAAAGUGAUCCCUGGGAUGGACUCACCAUUUUCAUGAUAGUACUUUUAUCGGGAAUGGGAGCCCUAGUGGCAUUGUUUACUUUGUGGGACUACUUUCUAAUCAAAGAUCAGGACCAGCUUCCUGCCAUUGUGAAGGUAUUUUCAGCCAGGGCCAAUUCUCGAGCUCUUUUUCGAGUUGUGGAAAUCAAACCGAAUUCCAAUGUAAUCGACUGCCUUAAUGGAAUUCGCUGCCUGUCUCUCAUUUGGGUGAUUACCUGCCAUCAAUACUCGGCUACUAUUAUUUCACCAAAUAUAAAUUUGCUUCGUGCUUUUUCCUGGGUCGAAUCAGCGUUUGCCAGUUUUAUUCUGCAUGGCGGUAUGUCCGUGGAUUCAUUUUUCAUGAUUGGCGGUUUGUUAGUGGCAUUGAUUCCUUUGCGUUUAAUGGAUAAGACUAAGGGCAAACUUAAUGUACCUAUGAUGUAUCUACAUCGCAUACUGCGAAUUUUACCCCUUAUGGCAGUGGCCAUCGUUGUCUAUAUGAAACUAAUGCCAAUUGUAACAGGUGGACCACUUUUUGCUAGUGGAUUCAUUGGAAAGGCGGCAUGUGAGGCCGGUUGGUAUUGGACUCUACUCUUUGUGAAUAACUAUACAGAAAACACGUGUCUUGCCCACACUUGGUAUCUAUCGGUGGACAUGCAGCUAUACAUCAUCUCUCCGAUCCUGCUGAUUUCCCUAUAUAAAUGGGGCAAGAAAGCCGCUGCUGGAAUUUUCGUCCUUAUAAUUCUACUUUCCUGCUGUCUCUUUGCCACCAUUAUGGUCAACAAUUACUCAAUGCUUGUCACAAAUGCUUCUCCCGGUUCCGACGUGGCCUACUAUGCCACUCAUACACAUGCUACACCUUGGCUGAUUGGUUUCCUCUUCGGCUACAUUCUGCACUUGAACAGGGGAAAGAAGAUCCAACUGAGCUGGAUGACCGUGUGGUCAGGAUGGAUCCUUUGUCUGGCCAUGAUCUUCACCUCGAUCUUCGCCCAAUACCCGCCGUCCAAGUGGUCCACCUUGGCGGAGGCUUCUUACUAUACACUGACCAGAGUGGGCUGGUCAUUGGCCCUUUGCUGGGUGGUCUUCGCCUGCUUGCAAGGAUACGGAGGACUGGCCAACAGUUUCCUUUCCUCUCCUCUGUGGCAACCUUUAUCGAGGCUCUCCUAUUCCGUCUUCAUAUGGCACCAGUUCUUCGUAGAGGCGAACGUCAGAAAUACAAGAACAAAUACCUACUUCUCGGACUACAGAAUUAUGCUCAAUAUCUGGUCAACAUUUGGAUGCACCGUGCUGUUUUCUUAUGUGAUGUAUCUACUCAUCGAAGCACCUUUUGGAGGUCUUGAUCAUUUCCUGAAGCCAAAAAGAAAUAACACUCCUGUAGUCAAACAAAAAACGCAGAUUGAUGAUAACGAAUCUGGCAAUCCAGAAGAGCUUAGAGUAACAACACCAACAUCUGCAGCAGAAUAAGCUUAUAAACUUAAGAAUAAUUCUAGAAUGUAGCUAUACGGAUUUAUAUUUUAAAUUAAGAUUAAGUGCAAGUCACGCACUCGUUUUGAUAAGAAAAUUGAUACAUUUAAAUUUAAUGACAAUAAAAACCUGUUUCUUAA